CCGAGGACGGAAGACCGAGACAGUUCCCCGAUCUCCAGCACAUUCCCUACAGGAGGUAGGUCACUGAAAAUGAUGCCCACUCAUCGCAACUCGCGACCGGGGUUAUCCAAACUUCCUCGUCCGGGAAAGCCAGUUGCUGUGGAGAAUGUUUUGUCUGAGAAGUUCCGCUGGAAGGACGCUCCCCAGGCUUCCCCUGCAGUAUCCUGUACAAGAAAGGAGGAUUGUGGCCAGACAAAGCGCUCCCCGUCCUCUCCACAGGGUGGGGCAAAGAAAAGAUCUGCAUUUGGGGACAUCACUAAUGCUAACAAAAAUCAGCUGCUUCUGAAGAAAAAAGAUGGGCCUAAAGCUGUCCUGAAGAAGACAAAAAACGUUGCUACAAGUGGAGUUGCAAAAAAUAACGAGAUAAACCUAAAGAGAAAUCAUAGAAAACUUGGAACCACAGAGUCUGUCCUUGUAGUGGUGAAAGAAGAAAAGUCGAGCAAUGAAGAAGUUGAAUCUAAACCCAAGGUGGAAACGUUUGUGGAACAGGUAUUGCCACCUGAUGUUGAGGAUAUUGAUAAGGACUCCCUGGGAGACCCAUUUGCAAGCUCUGAGUAUGCUUUGGAUAUCUUCACCUACAUGCGUGACAGAGAGGAAAAGUUUCUGCUUCCAAAUUACAUGGAGGUUCAGAAUGAUAUUAGCAAGGAGAUGAGAGCCAUCCUAGUGGAUUGGAUGGUGGAGGUGCAGGAGAACUUUGAGCUGAAUCAUGAGACUCUUUACCUGGCAAUAAAACUGGUGGACCAUUACUUAGCGGUCUGCAUUAUUAUGAAGGAGAAGCUGCAGCUCAUCGGAUCCACUGCUGUACUGAUAGCGUCUAAAUUUGAGGAACGCUGCCCGCCUUGCUUGGAUGACUUCCUAUAUAUCUGUGAUGAUGCAUACAAGAGGGAGGAGCUUGUGGCAAUGGAGAUGGAGAUCCUACAAAAGCUGAACUUUGACAUCAACAUCCCAGUCCCCUAUCGCUUCCUUCGUCGCUUUGCAAAGUGUGCACAUGCCAACAUGGAGACUCUGACACUUGCUCGCUACAUUUGUGAGCUCACUCUGCAAGAGUAUGACUUCAUGCAAGAAGGUGCUUCCAAAAUGGCUGCCAGCUGCUUACUGCUUGCAUUGAAGAUGAAAGACUUUGGUGACUGGACUGCUACACUGCGACACUACAGUGGAUACCAGACAAGAGAUUUGUUGCCGCUUGUGAAAAGAUUGAAUUUCCUGCUUUCAUGUCAACCACAUGAGAAGCUGAAGGCUGUAAGGAGUAAAUACUCACACAGGGUGUUCUUUGAGGUCGCAAAACUCCCACCGCUGGAUAUGCUGGCGUUAGAAGCAAUACAGAGCUAACCUUCACCUCUCCUGCUUCUGUUACAGCAUUUGUAUAUACAAUGUAAAUAUGUACUUUUAUAUAUUAUGGAAACUGGAAGCUCCGGCUGCCUCAUUGCAUUUCUGUGUACAGCCUUCUGCAAAUAGCAACAAUCCCACCGGAUGGAGAAGUGUUGAAUAAAAAAAAAAAAAGAGUAGAUGUAAUGUGUCAUUUAUACGCAGUAGGUACACAGCAAAGGUUGUUGGUCUUCCCAUAAGUUAUGUUUAAUAUAAUUUUUAACCACAAAAAAUAAAAUCUCCUUCUUAAGAUAUUUAGAGCCCAUCAAGUAUAAUUUAAUUUAAAGAAAACCAGAUAGAACAAAAAUGUGUAUCAUUGAGUUUAAUUUUUCAAGCAGUGUGAAAUACAUAAAUGUCCACAAAAAAAAAAAAAAAAAACAUUUUUAAUUAUAGUAUAUACACACACUACCUGCACAGAUAAGAUGUCCCCAUCACGCAGAUAUCUUGUGCACGCACAUAUCAUACGCUCUACAUGCACAAUCCAAUCCCAGUGCUCUCCUGUGUAUUUAAGAUAAAAAAAAAAAUGUAACAGGCUUGUAUUCCUGCAUAAACUAAAACCUGUUCAACAGCGGGUUAUGAAUGUCUAAUUCUGUUUCACCCCAAAAGAGGAAACUGCCUUAUGGUUUUAUAUGUUAAUUCCUAAAAUAUUUGUUUUCCACAUAUAGGAAGUCUUCUAUGUAUUAUUCAUUCAUAACACCCCUGCAAACUCUCAGAGAAAAAAAAGUUAUUAGUUGUUUGUGCUUAUCAGUUGACAAAUCUCUUCCAACCGGUCAACUCCUAACCUGAUUUAUCAAUUCCGGAAAGUAGUCUGGGUUCAUAUACAGUACCUCUUGUCUAUUCUCUAUGCUGGGAUAUGUCGGUUAGCCAUGGCAAUUGAUAGAUCGCAAUGCUGAAACCACGUUGUGUUGAAGAGAAGCUGAUUAAUAUUUUAUUCUGUUUUGAAUCAAGACAUUAAAAAAAAAAAUGAAAA